GGGCUCGCUUGGCUCCCAGGAUCCCGCGCGCCGGCGGGAGGUUUGGAGCCGUGGGAAGCGGCCGCCGCCGCGUGGGGCGCCGGGAACUGGGGCGGCUCGGAGAGCUUUAGGUUUUAAAGCAUCCAGUGAAAUCUCUUCACGUUCAAAAGUCAGAGUAACAUCAAAACUUGGUAUUGAGAAAAGACUAGCAAAUGAACAAUGACAUCAAACAAAGAAUGGCUUUUGUGUCAUAAUGGGGAUGUCCUUGGUUUUCGAUUGUCUAAAGGACAUUUUCCAGAUAAAGGACAUGCAGAACCACCCAUGUUACAUGUCAGAAGAAUGACAUUUGAUAGAGAAAAAGGAACAUUUGUUCAGAAGGCCACUGGAUUCUUUCAAAUGCAGGAAGGAAAGUGUCCUUUAAAAAUCAUAUGGUGCAACUGUGUGUCAGAUUGCAGAACUGGAAUUAAACUCCCAUGUGUUAUGAUACAAGGCACUAACAAGUGUAAUGUUUUCACAUAUUUUCUACUAAUUUUCCAUAGUACCAGUCAGUUUGAAAAACGGUUAUAUUUAAGACUCAACUACCAGUUACAUGAAUUCAGAGUUCUCAAUGGCCCUAUGCUUUUAUGGAAACAUGUCAAAACUUUCUACCGUCUUUCUUCUAAAACCGACGAAGCUGUUGCUGUGCCCAUCAUGCUUUCGAGUAUUGACUGGGCAGGGGAGAUUGAAAAUCUAGGUAUGGCUUUAUUAGGAAUAAAGGAACAUUCCUCUGGGGAAGAAGUACUUGCCGAAACGACUUCUGAAUUAGAUUUUGCAGUUCAGAAUACCAAAUUUUGCCUCUACUCUCUCGAAAGCCAGGAAAAGUUAAGCGAAUCAUACAUUAUCCCUGCUGGUUAUACCAGUUCAGUAACCUCUGUGCUUGUCUGUUCAACUGAGUUUAUCAACAACCAGUUAAGAUUGUCCCUGAUUGUCCUUACGGGAAAGAAUCAACUGAUUUUUUUCCAAAACGGAGCUCCUCAAGGUGUUUGCCAGCUUCCAUUUGAAGAGCCUUGUGCGGUUCAGCUUAUGGAUGGAGGGGAAGACCUCCUCUACCUGGUAUCCUUUAAGUCUAAUAAAGCAUGUGCUGUUUGGAAUAAAAACUUUCAGGUUGCAGCUCAGUGGGAAAAUAUUGACUCUGUACUGAUAGAUGACUUUAUUGGGACUGGAUCUGAACAAGUGCUACUACUUUCUCCGGACUCCUGGAGUUCAGAUUGCUUGAGUUCAUUUAAAAUAACAAAUUUUGGUGACAUAAACUAUCCCAUUGAACCUGUGGAAUGCAAUGAAAACGAUUUACUGGAAGACAAAGAAAAGAAUCGUUGCUUGGUGAUCCCGCCUCUGAAGAGAAGAGUGGAAAUUGGUUUGACUUCUGUUCAGGACUGGAAACAGCAUCUCUUGUUGAAGGAGAAAUUUAUUGCAAAAUAUUUCAAAACUUUCAUAAACAUCAUUCAAGGCAAAGACGAUUGUACUUCAACUACAGAGGAGGAAUGCCUUGUUACUCUGUGUGGUGAAGAAGAAACUUCUGUCUGUGCCUUUGAUGAACAGCCAUCAGGCAAUUUUCAACUUUCAGAGGCGAUAGUAGAGAAGAUAUGGUAUCGAGUUAUAGACGAUAACUUGGUUGUUGGAGUGAAAACCACAUCUUCGCUGCUGUCCGAAAAUCAUGUGACUUUAUCACUGUUAAUGGCUCAAACCGAUAGCUCCAACUUUCAGCCCAUUACGUGUCAGAACAAGGUGCUCCAGCUGCGGAGACGCUCUCAGCCGGCUCCCGUGUGCAUGCCCUAUGCCGCAGGAGCCGGGCCAAAGAGGAUCAAGUUGGCGGGUGCUGCUGAGGCCGGCGUCCUCCACAGCCAGCCCUCUGGGCCAGAGCACACCUGCAUGGUCACGGCUGUAACAUCUCUCCCACCACUUUUAAGAUUUGGGGGCUUCUCUUGCCUCGUUCUGCUCCAGUGUAGCAGAGAGAGAGAACCCGGGCAGCAUUCUGAAGAGGCUUCCCUUCGGUGUGGCAGGAUUUCCAUAACUCUAGCGGACCUUUCACGUGGGAAAUCCCUAGUGCCGUUUCCAAAGGCAGAAACUUUAGAACACGUGGAAGAUCUCUUUGCACUUCUUGCAGCCUGUCACAAAAAUUGCUUCCAAAUCACAUCGCCUACCUAUGCACUGACGUCAGUGACGCCCUGGCUUUCGGAACACAUGCAGUGUGAAGUGUUCACAGAAUUUCCCGAAAUUUGGUUUUGCAAAAGGCCGGGAAGUUUCUACGGGACACUCUUCGAAUGGAAACAAACAACACCGUUUGAAGGGAUUUUAUUAGUCUACUACAGGAAUCAAACUGUUUUGUUCCAGUGCCUUCAUGAUCUCAGCACAGUUCUCCCUGUUAAUGGUUUCAUCAAAAAUCUCAAAUCAGAAAGAGAGGAUAUCCUAAUUGCUCAAUUGGCACGCAGUCUGGAGAAGGAGCUUGUUACCCUGAGUACUCUUUCUUCUCCCUUAGCUGAAAACAUAAAUGAAAACGCCUGGGUGCCAAGUGCCAAAGCAAGUGAAGAAACAAGUAGUGACAGUCCAUCAGUGUUAUCAAAGGAAGACAUCCAGCUGAUCAGAAAAGAACUUGAGAGUAAAAAGCAGCAAACCAUGGCAAUGGGUGAAAAAGUGAGUGGUGCUCUUUACAGAGAAAAGACUUUGAGAUUAACUGAGAUCCAGCUGCAUUCAGACCUUAUUGUGCAGAAGCUGAGUGAUUUAUAGUUAGCAUCACAAUUAAUUGGAUUAUCUCUAAAUUUUGGUUUUCCUUGUUGGAUGUUUGGUUUCAUUUUAUAUCCUGUUGCCUACUUUAUAAAAGUAAAGUUGGAGACAGUGAUCACAAAAUAGCGUUCCUAGACCCAUGUGGUUCCAUGGGACUGGGCAGGGGUAGGGGUGUCGUUUUGUCACCCUGAGAUAUUCAGCAUGACUGAAGAUAUUUCUUGUUAGGUCUCAGAAUAAGCAGAGGUUGGGAAAGGGAGGUCGGGGGGCUAAAUGGAUCUAGUUGGAGACAUGGACUAAUGCUUAACACCCCUAUGUUCUGAACAGCGCCCCCUAAACAUGCAUUGAUCAGUUCCAAAGGUCUGUAAUGCCGACUUUAGAGUUGUCACCAAGUGAAGAUGAAAGUAAUGUGACAAUAUUUAGUCAAAGGCUAAGAAUAAAAAACCUAAGAGGGCUGGAGCCAUAGCACAGCGGGUAGGGCGUUUGCCUUGCAUGCAGCCGACUCAAGUUCGAUUCCCAGCAUCCCAUAUGGCCCCCGAGCACCGCCAGGAGUGAUUCCUGAGUGCAUGAGCCAGAAGUAACCCCCUUGUAAUGCUAAGUGUCACCCAAAAUGCAAAAGAUAUACAAAAAUAAAAAAAUAAGAGAGGCCAGAAAGAUGGCACAGUGAGGAGGGCGCUUGCCUUGCACAUGGCUGACCCGGGUUUGAUCCCUGGCACCCCAUGUGGUCUACCAGCCCACCAGGAGUGAUGCCUGAGUGCAGAGCCAGGGGUAAGUCUUGAGCAUCACAGGGUAUGACCCCAGAUCAAAACAAAACAAAAAUUAAACAGCGCUUUUCUUGUAUUCUUCUUAGUAAAACCCAAGUAUGUAAAAAUCAGCUUCCAGCAGCUAAAUUAAACAAGGUUGUCAAGCUUCAGAGGUUUAUGUAAGCAUGAAGCUCCUGGGAAAUUUAAGCGCUGAAUAUUUGGGUGAGACCUUGAAAGUGAAAGUGUUUGAAAUGCUUGUUUCAUUAAGUGUUAGUAGAAAGUUUCUCUGAAAUUGUGGAAAUCUAUAGGAACGUGAAAAUUUCACGGCAUUUCUCCAAAAAGCAUCUCUUUCAAAAGUCUCAGCAUACCUCUCUGAGUUAUGGAGUUCAGGAAAAAAACAAAGCAAGCAAAAAACCAUCUGAAAUUCCAUGAGGCAAAACGAAAAUGCAAAAUUCUAGCUAAAAUAGCAUAAAGAACCCCGUGCUCUAGAGCUACUGAGUAGUAUAAAAACACCUGAAUGUUUGUAAAAGCAAAUCCGUGCUCUCGUAGGGCUGUGUGAGUUCCUCACGAGAGUGAGGAUGACUCGUGAAAGGAUGUUCGUGGGCUCUCCGGGGGGCUCCCUCUCGCCGCCCGCGUUCAGGAGCCGCUUCUCCGUCCAGGAAGGCUGUUGCCUUGGACGGACGAAGGAAGAAGAAGGGCCACGCUGGUUGCUCAUUAGUUGCCGUUUAUCCGGUCUCUCAUCUCUCCCAGCUCUCUCCAACCCCACCUCUCUCUGUCUCUCUCCAACUCUGCAAUUCUUUCUUCCCAAGGUAUCCGUCUGUCUCCUCUCUCUCCCUCUUGCUCUCUCUCUCUUCUGUCUCUCUGCCGUCUCCGUAACUGUCUCUCAUUCAACCCAUUUCUCUAACCAUCAGUCCCCUUCUCUCAACAAUCCCUCCUUUCUCCCCUCAGCUCUUUUUAUCCUCUCACCACGCCUCCCCAACCAUACCUCCCCACGGGACGCAUGAUCAAAAAUGUUGGGAGGACCCAUCCGGGUUGGAGGAUGCGAAUUGAAAGUAGACUAUAGACCGAACAUGAAGACCACUCAAUACCUCUAUUGCAAACUACAACACCCAAAAGGAGAGAGAACAAAAGGGAAUGCC